CCCCUACUCCUGGACUGCCCGCACCUUGAGAGCUUCGUCUCCCUGUCUGGCUCUCGGAUCAACUCCUACCCCUCUGAUCGCCUCUUCGACAUUCCCGCACGUCUCGCAUUCAUAUACCCUUCGUCUGAUAAUUGAAUCACUCGGAACGCUGCAUAUAAACACAUUUCAACCAUGGUUCUAGCAAAGAGAUAUUGCGUCCAGUACGACAGUGGGCAGCUGAGAUGCUACGGCGAAGACGGGUUCUGGUAUACUGAUGUAAGUUCUAUUCGCAACCGGAAAGGUUUAAUAAUCAAAUGGAUCUUCCUGGCCGUCAUAUUCCUGCUAUUCAUGUACUUCAUCGGCGGCUACAUCCACGCAAAGAACCGCAUGAGAAAGGGCCUACCGCUGCUUGCGUAUCAUCGUUUUCUAGUAUCCGGCUCGGACCGUAGGCGCUACGGCCAAGGCGGCGUCCCGCAGAACCACUUCACUUUCUACCAAACACAGCAACAACAACAGCCGUAUCACCCGAAUGCACCCUACCAGCAGCGGCAAGACGGCGCGUGGGCUGAGCCGCCUCCGCUUUACCAGAACAACGAUGCGCCGCCGCAGUAUUUCCCCCCUCCAGGUGCGACAAAAGCCCAUCCGAAUCAGGCAGGUGGUGCUGGGGCCAUGGAGAUGCCGCAAUACGGUGGUGGACCACAAGGAGGGCCUCAACAGAGCGGCGUGGUGGGAGGAUCGAGUACGGCGGAUGUGGAACAGGGACAACAGACGCAGCAGCUGCCGCCGAGACCGCAGGCCGCCAAGGCAAAGAUUCUAGGCUUGGUAGAGAGAUUUAGACGGUGAGGGGAGGGGGUGGUGGAGAAGAAUAUAUGAGAUGAGUCGACUAUUAUGUUUAUUUUUGUUUGAUUUGUUGAAAGUGCAUUUAGCGACGCAUUGCGUGACUGGAUCAUGCCUUGUAAUAUCAUUAGA